CUGUCAUCUGUGGGUGUUGCAAAGGAAAAAGUUUCUCCUCUGGGCAGGCUGCCUGGCCAGCCUGGAGGCUCUCGGCAGCUCCUCGGCAGGCAGCCCUGGGCAGCGGGAGCAGGAUUUUUCUGGGGGAUUAAGGCUGCUCUGACCCGGUGACAGCGGGGAGUGGCUCAGUCAUGGCUUCCAAGCGCCAAGCUUCUUCCUCGAAGCAGCCAGACAGCAGGGAAAAGAAACCCAAAGGGGAAGAGGAGGACGACACCUGGAGCUCCACCUUGGCAACCCUGAAAACUGCUCCCAAGGAGAAGCUGCCCGCCACAAUUGAUGGAUUGUGCCCCCUGAGCACAGCACUGGGUGCCCGGGUCUAUGAGGACUAUGACUGCACCCUGAACCAGACCAACAUCAGUGCCAACAACAACAAGUUCUACAUCAUCCAGCUCCUGGAGCACGAUGGUGCCUAUAGUGUCUGGAGCCGCUGGGGCCGCGUGGGAGAGGCAGGCCAGUCCAAGCUCAUGCCCUGUGCCUCCCUGGAAGCUGCCAAGAAGGACUUCGAGAAGAAGUUUCGAGAGAAGACCAAGAACAGCUGGGCAACAAGGGAGAACUUUGUUGCCCACCCAGGGAAGUACACACUCAUUGAGGUGCAGCCAGGGGCUGGGCAGGAGAUGGAGGCUACACUCAGGGUGGAUGCCGUGGAUGGGGACAAGGUCUGCAAGCAGCGGGUGCUGCCCUGUACCUUGGACAGAGCCACACAGGAGCUGGUGUCCCUCAUCUUCAGCAGUGACAUGUUCCGGGAUGCCAUGCAGACCAUGAAUAUCGACGUGAAGAAGAUGCCUCUGGGGAAGCUGAGCAAGCAGCAGAUCGCACGGGGCUUUGAGGCACUGGAGGAGCUGGAGGCAGCGCUGAAGGAGCAGCCCCCCCAGGCCACUCGCCUGGAGGAACUCUCCUCACGCUUCUACACCAUCAUCCCACACAACUUUGGACGGGCACGGCCACCCACCAUCAACUCCCCUGACCUGCUGCGUGCCAAGAAGGACAUGCUGUUGGUGCUGGCUGACAUUGAGGUUGCACAGAGCCUGCAGGCACAGAAAGAGAAGGAGGAGGCGGAGAAAGAAGUUGCCCAUCCACUGGAUCAGGAUUAUGCCCUGCUGUGCUGCCAGCUCUCCCUGCUUGACCCAGCUUCCCGGGAAUACCAGCUGAUCCAGACCUAUGUGACGCAGACUGGGCACAAGCUCCACAUCCUCAACAUCUGGCAGGUGGCCCGAGAUGGUGAGGAUGAGCGUUUCAAGGCCCAUGACCUCCUGGAGCACCGGCGCCUGCUGUGGCACGGCACCAACGUGGCAGUGGUGGCGGCCAUCCUGAAGAGCGGGCUGCGCAUCAUGCCCCACUCCGGCGGGCGCGUGGGCAAGGGCAUCUACUUUGCCUCAGAGAACAGCAAAUCAGCCUGCUAUGUGGGCCGUACAUCUAAGAAUAUUGGCAUCAUGUUCCUGACGGAGGUGGCCCUGGGCAAGCCCUACCGCAUCACCUGCGAUGACCCCACGCUGUGUCAGCCCCCUGCUGGCUAUGACAGUGUCCUGGCCUGUGGCCAGACAGAGCCGGAUCCAGCACAGGAUGAAGAGGUGCUGCUGGAUGGCAAGAAGGUGCUGGUGUGCCAGGGCAAGCCCAUUCCCAUGCCUGCCUACAAGGACUCCUCCUUCAGCCAGAGCGAGUACCUCAUCUACAAGGAAAGCCAGUGCCGGAUCCGCUACCUUGUCCAGCUCCGCUUCUGAGGGUGCCUGGGAGUACCACGGCCCUUGCCCAGCACCAGGAGGUGACACCCAUCAGCCCGGAGCACAGUGAUCUGGACUCCCUGGCCACCCCACCAGGGGCUUGGCAAGGGACAGGCUGGCAUGGGGACUGAGCUUGCUUUGACUGUGAAUAAAAGCACUGUGCCUUGCA